CAUAGUGCGUCUCCCCGAAUCCCGACGGUUGCUUCAGUGAGGUUCUGGUAUUCAAAAGGCUGUACUGAAUCACGAAUGUUCGAAGAAGGCUCGGCUAUAAGGGCAGACAUUGUGCCUUAAAGCAAACCAUCGGUGGGUCAGUUAUGCGUGCAUCUGCACAUACCGAUCUUUCACUGCUUGAGCCGUAGAUUGCCGUCAUGAGAGUCCUCCUGUCCGGAUCCGGAACGACGCUUUCCGACGAUAACCGACCUGCAUCGAAGUCGCAGGGCCAAGAUCUAAUCGUUCUUGCGUUCUGCCUGCGCCUAAUGCUAUCAGUCAGUACCCUUCUAUUAACCACAUCCGCUCAGGUUUAUUGACACGACGCCGCCUGGCAUUCAUAACGUCCCGCGAGCUUCCGGCCCCAAGUGUUCACCUACGACCGCGCUGAUGGCUACCGCAACAUACCUUAGCCAGAAUGAUCAAACUGUUCUUGGAGUGCUCUUCGAUGCGGAAGGAGGCAUGAGUAAUACGCCGCCACAACCUACGUCAAUACCGAUAAGGGACCAGCUCACACAGAAGCUACAACGGCACGAGCGGCAACUGCUUCUAGCUCUUAGCAACGACAACCCCGACCGCUCAAGCCUAGAGUCAACUGUCAUUGCACUGGACCAGCUCAUUGCUCAGCACCCUGCCUAUGCGUCAGCGUACAACAACCGGGCGCAAACAAGACGUCUUAUGUACAGCCUGGACGAGCUCGCCGCGCGGCCGGAGGUUGUCCGUCAGCUUUUCGGCGACCUUGACACAGCUAUCCAGCUCGCUUCACCCUCACACCCUCACAGCGGCGGUGUGACUGCGGAUCAAGCGACCGUUCUCUCAGCGGCACACACACAUCGUGCCUCUUUGUUGUACGAAGGAUCGAAGCGCCGGACUACGCACCACCUUCUAGCCUCGAUCGAGCGAUACGCCGACUUGGAUGCAGACAGCUUGCAGGAAUUGGCGAGCUUGGACUUCGCGGAGGGCGGGAGGUACGGUCAUGGCGUUGCGAAGCAGAUGGCUGUCAUGACGAAUCCGUAUGCUAAGUUGUGCGGCGAGAUGGUUAAGCAGGCGAUGCAGAGAGAGAUGAGCGGAAGUGUUUGAUGAUCCGCAUGGAUGUUGAAAAGACGUCUUAGUUACAGUGUUCUCACUGCGUAAUUGUCCAUCCUCCACAACGGUGCAUGUUGUAAUCAGACUUCUACCCGUCAUUGCCUGCACUCACCUUUUGUGACUCAAGCAUGUGUCU